CUUCACUUUUUUAUACUUGUGUACCCACUAAUAAUUUUUCUAAUCUCUCCAGUUACUCGUCAAUACUAAUAAUCUCUGAUAAACAUUGUACAAAAUGUUUAAACUCCCGCGCUACAACAGCCCGAUGACCCAGGUAGUCCUCGUGGGCUUCGUGUGCUUCCUCAACCCAGGCAUGUAUAAUGCCCUCAACGGUAUGGGUGGUGGUGGUCAAGUUGACCAUACUACCGGAUCCAACGCCAACACGGCUCUCUACUGCACGUUCGUUGUCUUCGGUGUCAUUGGCGGAUCGAUUGUCAACCUGUUCGGUGUCCGCUGGACGAUCUUUGGCUCUGGUUUCACAUAUGCUCUGUACUCUGGCUCGUAUAUCUACCUCAACCACACCCAGAAAGGCGGCUUAACCAUCGCUGCGGGAGCACUCCUUGGUGUCGGUGCCGGUAUCCUGUGGGCUGCGCAAGGCAUGAUCAUGGUUUCGUAUCCGAGGGAGGAGGAGAAGGGCAAGUACAUUGCCGUCUUCUGGAUCAUCUUCAACCUUGGUGGUAUGCUUGGCGGUAUUCUCCCCUUCGCCAUCAACUUCCAUAGUGACAAGAAGUCCCUUGCAGAUGGCGUCUACAUCGCCUUUGUUAUCCUCGAGUGCUUGGGUGCCUUUUUGAGUCUAGCCCUGUGCCCGCCUGCGAAAGUCGUGCGUGAUGACGGUUCGUCGGUCGUUCUGGUCAAGUACACCAGCGCUCGCAAGGAGGCUAUUGAGAUCAUCAAGCUGUUCUUGAACCCCACCAUGCUUGCACUACUUCCAAUGUGCUUUGCAUCCAACUUUUUCUACGGCUACCAGUUCAACUGCUUUAAUGGUGGCAUCUUCAACAUCCGUACCCGUGGCUUCAACAAUAUCUUCUACUGGGGAUUCCAGAUGGUUGGUUCGUACCUCCUGUCGUUCCUUCUAGAUAAGCAAGAGUGGACCAAGCGCAAGCGUGGCCUCAUCGUCUUUGGUAUCGUCGCCGUGUUCUUCAAUGCCAUUUGGGGAGGAACCCUCAAGCUGCAGCUCCGCUACACCCACGGCCCCACAGCGGAUGAAGAUACCGACUAUCCUGGAGGCAGCAUCGACUUCAUGGAGCAUAGCCGUGCCGCUGGCCCGAUCAUCCUGUACCUGCUCUGUGGUGUCGGUGAUGCCUUGUACCAGAACUUUGCCUACUGGAUCAUUGGUGCUCUUACCAACGACAACCAGAAGCUUUCACGCUACGCCGGCUUCUACAAGGGCAUCCAGUCGCUCGGUGCCACUGCUGCGUGGCAGCUGGACGCCAAAAAGGUCACGUUUAUGCACCAGCUCAUUGGUAACUGGGUCUUGCUCGGCAUCUCGCUCUUCCCGAUGUUCUAUGUCGUCUGGAAUUUGAAGGACCACGUCAAUGAUGCUGUCCCUGAUGAUGAUGCUGUCGCCGGCAAGGAGUAUGUCGCCGAUUCGGACGAGAAGGUCUCGGUCUAAGCUGUUACCAUACCUUGAUUUCCAAUAUUUUGCAGUGCUUAUCCUAUUUCCAAAAUCAUAAUAAGAGAAUGAUCACCUUUA